UGUUAUUGCCAUGGCGAUGGCGGCCUGCCGCCGUGUGGAAGACAUUGGCACCGACAGUUACGGUUAACGGUGUUUGUGUAGUUGUAGCCUACGGAGAAUGUUGUAUUUGAUCGGCCUGGGCCUGGGGGACGCCCGGGACAUAACAGUGAAAGGUUUGGAGAUUGUGAGGAGUUGCAGCCGGGUCUACCUGGAGGCCUACACCUCCCUCCUGACUGUCGGCAAGGAAGUGCUGGAGGAAUUUUAUGGCCGUGAACUCAUCAUUGCAGAAAGAGAGAUGGUCGAACAAGAAGCUGAUGAAAUUUUGAAAGAUGCUGCUGAUAAUGACAUUGCCUUUCUUGUGGUAGGAGACCCCUUUGGGGCGACAACACAUAGUGACCUCAUUCUGCGAGCUGUAAAAGCAGGAAUUCAGUACCAUGUUGUACACAAUGCUUCCAUAUUAAAUGCAGUUGGAUGUUGCGGUCUACAGUUGUACAAUUUUGGAGAAACUGUAUCUAUCGUUUUCUGGACACAGACCUGGAAGCCUGAAAGUUUCUAUGAUAAGAUCAAAAGGAAUCGGCAGACAGGAGUUCAUACACUAUGCUUACUUGACAUCAAAGUGAAGGAACAGUCUUUGGAAAAUCUAAUGAGGGGGAAAAAGAUCUUUGAGCCUCCCAGGUUUAUGUCUGUGAAUCAAGCUGUAAAGCAGCUUCUCGAAAUAAUCGAAAAUCGAAGAGAUAAAGGAGAGGAGCUGGCCCUCACUGAAGAGACGUUGUGUGUUGGACUGGCCAGAGUGGGUUCCAAAAAUCAGAAAAUUGCCGUUGCAACCCUACAGCAAAUGGUGAAGGAGGAUCUGGGUGACCCUUUGCAUUCUCUGAUCAUCACAGGCCAUAUGCACCCUAUGGAAAUUGAGAUGCUUAAGCUAUUUGCUGUGGACAAUUCAAGUUUUAAUAAACUUAUAACACUUGAUGGGUCAACAUACUACUCAUAGCAAAUAAAAAAUAAAGUGUAAUUUUCAGUUUUGAUUCAA